AUGGACUUCACUUUUGUGAAUGAGAGCUUAGAAAAAAUUUCGUUCUGUUAUUCUCACCCUUCUUUCUUUCUUUCUUUCUUUCUUUCUUUCUUUCUUUCUGUUCCGUUCUAUUAUUCUCAUCUUUCUUUCUUUCUUUCUUUCUUUCUAUUAUUCUCAUCUUUCUUUCUUUCUUUCUUUUUUCUUUCUUUCUUUCUUUCUUUCUGUUCCGUUCUAUUAUUCUCAUCUUUCUUUCUUUCUUUCUUUCUUUCUUUCUGUUCCGUUCUAUUAUUCUCAUCUUUCUUUUUUUCUUUCUUUCUUUCUUUUUUCUUUCUUUCUUUCUUUCUUUCUUUCUUUCUGUUCCGUUCUAUUAUUCUCAUCUUUUCUUUUUUCGUUCUAUUAUUCUCAUCUUUCUUUCUUUCUUUCUUUCUUUCUUUCUUUCUGUUCCGUUCUAUUAUUCUCAUCUUUCUUUCUUUCUUUCUUUCUUUCUUUCUUUCUUUCUUUCUUUCUUUCUUUCCGUUUAUUAUUCUCAUUUUCUUUCCGUUUUCUUUCUUCUCAUCUUUCUUUCUUUCUUUCUUUCUUUCUUUCUUUCUUUCUUUCUUUCUUUCUUUCUAUUCUCAUCUUUCUUUCUUUCUUUCUUUCUUUCUUUCUAUUAUUCUUUCAUCUUUCUUUCUUUCUUUCUUUCUUUCUGUACCGUUCUAUUAUUCUCAUCUUUCUUUUUUCUUUCUUUCUUUUUCUUUCUUUCUUUCUUUCUUUCUUUCUUUCUUUCUAUUCCGUUCUGUUAUUCUCAUCCUCCUUUCUUUCUUUUUUCUUCUUAAUUUCUUUCGUUCUUUCUUUCUUUCUUUCUUUCUUUCUUUCUUUCUUUCUUUCUUUCUUUCUAUUCCGUUCUAUUAUUCUCGUCUUACUUUCUUUCUUUCUUUCUUUCUUUCUUUCUUUCUUUCCGUUCUAUUAUUCCGUUCUUUCUUUUAUUCUCAUUCUUCCUCCUUUCUUUUUUUCUUUUUUUUCUUAAUUUCUUUUCUUUUUUUUUUUUUUUCUUUCUUUCUAUUAUUCCGUUCUUUAUUCUCAUCCUUUCCUUUCUUUCUUUUUUAUUCUUCUUUUUUUCUUAAUUUCUUUCGUUCUUUCGUUUUUCUUUCUUUCUUUCUUUCUUUUCCGUUCCGUUCUAUUAUUCUCAUCUUUCUUUUUCUUUCUUUUUUCUUCCGUUCUAUUCCGUUCUAUUUCUUCUUUUCUUUCCGUUCUUUCGUCUUUCUUUUCUUUUCCGUUCUAUUAUUCUCGUCUUACUUUCUUUCUUUCUUUCUGUUCCGUUCUAUUAUUCUCGUCUUUCUUUCUUUCUUUCUAUUCCGUUCUAUUAUUCUCGUCUUACUUUCUUUCUUUCUUUCUUUCUUUCUGUUCCGUUCUAUUAUUCUCAUCUUUCUUUCUUUCUUUCUUUCUAUUCCGUUCUAUUAUUCUCGUCUUACUUUCUUUCUUUCUUUCUUUCUUUCUUUCUAUUCCGUUCUAUUAUUCUCGUCUUACUUUCUUUCUUUCUUUCUUUCUUUCUAUUCCGUUCUAUUAUUCUCGUCUUACUUUCUUUCUUUCUUUCUUUCUUUCUUUCUAUUCCGUUCUAUUAUUCUCGUCUUACUUUCUUUCUUUCUUUCUUUCUUUCUGUUCCGUUCUAUUAUUCUCAUCUUUCUUUCUUUCUUUCUUUCUAUUCCGUUCUAUUAUUCUCGUCUUACUUUCUUUCUUUCUUUCUUUCUUUCUUUUAUUUACUCACUGAAACCAAGUAAUGGAAUGGGUUGUUUUGGAGGAAUUGACACAUCCACGUCGUUUGAUGACACAGUGUUCAUGAGUUUUGAUCCCAACCUGGGACUUUUCGACGAAAAGCAAUCCAGCUUCCACGUCAUUCAACAAGGUUACAAUGCAAUACAGUGCCAACCAAAUUAUCAGGCCAAAGAACUAACUGACUGUCUCUACAGUAAUGUUUUAGAACCAAGCGAACAAUGGAGCCACAUACCUCUUCCUCCAGUUCAGUAUGAUACAUAUACCCAAGAACCGCACCGAACUCCCGAGUUCAUGGAUAUCAGCGAAAUGAAAAAGGAAUUACCAGACGAUAUCGCUUUUAGCAACACUUGCGAGAAGCCAAUGAGAAGAAAACCUGGCCGCAAAAAAGGACAACGUAAGUGUUAA